UCCGCCAUAGCCGCGAGCGCGAGGGCAAGGCUGAGGGGGGCGGGGCGUCGCCAUGGCGGCCGGGGGCGGAGCCGGCCGGGCGGCCGCGCCGACCAGGCCCGAGAUGAAGCGGUGAGGCGGGAGGAUGAUCUCGCGAUACACGCGGAAGCCGGUACCCCCACCCGACGCCGCCCUGGGGAUCCAAGGACUUACAAAGAAUACUUUAGAACAUCAUCCCCUGCCAGAUUCACUAGAAGACAGUAAUCCAUCCACUGGAAGCCAAGAAGAUGUCUUAAGUGGUUCCGAAAGCACAAAAGAAUUAAAUUACCAGCCGAUCGCUUCUGUGGGCAAUGGAAACUCGUGGUCACCCAGUCAGAGCUUCACAGGAAACUCCACAGAAGAUAGCUCAGUCUUCUCUUGGGGCUAUGAUGAAUUUGAUAAAGCUGCUACACGGCAAGUUCAACAGAUAUUCAGACACAUCGACGAGCUUUUGUAUGAACAGAAACUGAGUGUCUAUGUUGAAGGCAUAGAGGAAGAGUGCCAACAAUGGUCAUCAAGCUUCCCCCAUCUCAGGAUUGUGGGGAAACAAGUGGUAAGCCCCACGGAUGAAGGUUAUGGCUGGUAUUCUAGUUCUACUUGCAGCACCUCAAGUUUGUCAGACACAAGCCCAAUGCAAGAGAAAGAUCCUAGUGAGUUUAGUAUUCUGGGCAAAAAAGUUUCCCUUUCUGAAAUUCCUGUUUCUAAAGAAGUUCACUUUUCAAAACCUCCCGAAUUAUGUAUGUUGGAAAGUGAAGAAAGAGAAGAUGGGGUGAUUGUCUCAGAAGGCAUAAUGGAGGAAUACUUAGCGUUUGACUGCAGAGAUGUGGAGGAAGAGCUGCAUGAAAGGAAAAUGGGGAUUUCACCCGGCAGACGGAAGUUAGGUUUCCCUCCAAUCUCACCGUCAUACUGCAUGAGAGAUGCUGUUCUUUCCUAUGUCUUUGAUGAUGUGUGGAGCGAAGUUUUGGGUUGUAUGGAACAGUUAAUCUGCCGACAUUGGGAAGGGUCAGUCUCAGAUGAUGAGAAGAAUAUAAUAACCGUAGAAGCCAGCAGAACUGAUGCAGGAAGCCCUUUUAUGCAGUUUGAACCAUUGCCGUUGUUGUUACCUCGAAUGCCACAAACCAAAAUGCCCUCCAUCACCCCCAACCUGUACUCAAAGCACAGACGCGGAUGCAAAACCAAAAAGAAGAGAAAAUCACUAGAAGUAAAUCUUUCUCAAGGAACAAGCUGCAGUCCUCAACGCAAUUUGAACGGCCUGAUGGUGAUUCAUGGGAUCCCCUUAUACCAAAGGAACUUGCCUCUGAUGGAUAAAAUAUUAGACUUAGAUGACAGAUCGCUCACCAGGCCAGGCUCCAGUUCUGUACUGUCAACCAGGGCUUGGCCGAAUCGUACUCUUGAGCUCAGCACAUCUUCUCUGUCCUACUCUGCUCAGUCUGCUAGAAGGCGUAAUCCGCCACCACGUACCUUGCAUCCCAUCAACACCAGUUACUCUCGCUCAGGGACUCCGAGAUCCAUGGAUGAAGUCAUCAGGGGAACACGACUCACCACUGCAAAUGAGCAGUUGUCGUCACCUUCCCCGAUGCCUCUGAGCCGAAAUAAUCUCCUGCCUCCUAUUAGUUCUGUAGAUGCAGUAGAACAUUUGGGAUCCCAAAAGCCAAUGAAAUCCCAGGGGAGUGCCAACCGAGCUCGCAGUGCAAUAGCAGAUGAAAUAAACCACCAGCCAGUACACGAAAGAUUUGUGUUGCCUGAGAGCUUCUCCAGACCCAACACAUCCCAUGCAUUUUGGCCAGACUCGCAGCACCGCCGUUCUUGUACUGUUAUUGAUUAUGCUAAUCAUCCAUGGACUAAUAAAGGAUCUGCUGGCUCAGAUUCUAUUAACAUAGGAGUGAUGGGAAUCAGUUUAGGGAUAUCUAGUUCUUCCUGUAUUAAUUCUUUCCACUACCAGCCUCUCGGUCAUUUUCUUAACGAGGAUGAGGAGGACAAAGAAGAUCAUCCUCCAUUGGGUCUUCAAUUGCAUGGGUCUGCGAGGACUCACAGCCGAGGUGGAUCAAUCUCAAGAAGCAGACAGGGAUUAUAGCAUGUUACAAGAAGAAACUAUCCCUCUCCAAGACCAGGGAACAUCUAUAGAAGUUUUAAAAAUCAGUAUUCAACCUUAGCAAUACCAAACCCGUUUACAGAAGAAGUCUUAAACUUUCUCUACGGAGUCCUAUUUUUGUAGAAACUUAACUGCCAAAGACUACAGGGUUGUGUUUAAUUUUUGUUCCUGUAGAUCAAGCUGUGCUAUUCUAUGGGACUGCUUGUGUUCCAAGUGUGUUCUGAUGUAUUGCAUUACCAAGCCUGAAGAGCCAGACUCAUGUAGCAGUAAUAUUGUACUCUUAACUUGCCAGUAAUUGACACUAAUAGCAAUAUAUUUAGUAAUACUUCUAGAACUUGAUUCCAGCCAUUUUUCUUCCUCAUAGUGAAGUUCAUAUACUUGGGAGAGAAGCUGAUGCCUGAAGGUGGCCAAAGAUUGAAGUCCUUGUAGUAUUAAAUUUUGGUAUCAGCAUUCUUAACUCCAUACCCCUUCAACUACUGACUCAGCCAAGAUCAAAGCGGACUGAGGCAAAUUUGAUUAUUAGAACCAUACCUGUAACACCCAUUUUCCCUUGUUGAAAUGUUUUAAACAAUGUAAGAAGUUAUGAAAACUUUUGUGUAAUUGUUUCUGUUCAGUAGCAAUAUUCAGAGUUUUAGGAUUCUCUCAACGGUGAGAGACGCUGUUUUAAGCAGCUACUUUCAACAUUUUAUAGAAGACCAGCUCAACAGGGUGUAUGAAAAGUUAGAAAGAGCAUAGCUUAUUAUGAAAAUUGCAUUUCAGAUCUGAUGUUAAUUUAAUUAACUUCACUUUGAAAAAAUAGUUCUAAGUCUUAUUAGUCAAAGUGCUGCUUGCAAAGGGCAUGAAGCUAUGUAAAUUGAAAAAAGCUUUUCAUUAUCUUUUAGAUAAUGUAAAACUUGUAAAAACCAGAUUGGGAACAGAUUCUUUUUCAGUUGUAAAAUAGAAUAAUUUUUGUAUGCAAAUAAAGAAAUAUUUUUUAAACCGCA